AUGUCUCAUAAUGCAAACUCAUCAGAUGGUUCCGAUUCAUCGAAUGUGAAUGAAUAUGAUGAAUGGGAAGCACGAGUUGUUCAACAAAAUCGACAACUUGAUGUUAUCAUGAGUGAGUUACUCAUAGGCAUGCGAAACACGAGUGUAAGAGAUCAUCCUAGAGCAAGAAGGAGGUAUUGUCAUCGGGAACGUGAGCAGGGUGAGGCACGUUUGAUGAAAGACUACUUUGUUGACAACCCAACAUAUGUUGAAGCAAAAUUCCAUGGUAAAUUUCAAAUGCAAAAACCACUAUUUUUCCGCAUAGUGGAAGCUGUUACAGGCAAUGACCGAUAUUUUCAACAAAGACGCGAUGCCACAGGCAAACAAGGUAUUUCACCAAUACAAAAAUGUACUGCAACUAUGAGGGUGUUGGCAUAUGGGACAUCAACAGAUGCACUUGAUGAAUAUUUGAGAAUAAGUGAGACUGUGAGAAGGGAUGCUCUUGUAAAGUUUAUGGAAGGUGUCAUUUCAUGCUUUUGUGAAGAGUACCUUAGAAGUCCCAAUAGAGAUGAUUGGCACGACUGCUCCAUGUUGGAGAAGAACGUGGAUUUCCAGGUAUGGUGGGCAAUAUUGAUUGCAUGCAUUGGGAAUGGAAAAACUGUCCCACCACUUGGGCUGGAAAAUAUGCAGGUAGAAUCGGUAAGACAACAAUAA